AUGGACGUCGGCAACGGAGACCAAGAUGUGAUGCGCAUAUGGUCACUGCUCACAGAAGUCUCAGAGCAGCUCACGCAGAAUCGUAGCCUGUCUGUUUCUUUGCACUCCUUGACGGGCGGCAUCAAGACCCAGGCUAUACAUUCGCAGACGGGGUUCGUCUUGAGACGUUAUAACUUGGACAGACCCAAAGAUGUGUACGAGGCUGAGCUAGAGCGUAUGAGCGCCUCUAUGAUAGAGGAGAAUCAGACAUUGCAGAAUGAUAAUCGCCAGCUCAACGCGCUCAUUCGUGAAUACGAACAGACACUGGAGAACGUGAUGGAUCAGUUCCGCAAACGCGCCUAUGAAGUGCAGCAGCAUGAGCUCGCCCUCAUGCGGGAAUACGAGAGCGCCAUCAUACAGCGCGAGACAGAGGCGUUGGAUGCUGUGCUGACCACCAAUGACGCUCGUUCGGAAAGUCUCGCACGCUUGGGUCGAUUGCUGCGUGUAAUCAUACGCAAGAUUGGCGGCGAGGAUAUUGGGGCAUACGAGGCGCUUGUGGAAGGAGCGGGACCCCCGUCGCCAAAAGCUGCCAUUGCCUCCGGGCCAUCAGCUAGUACACAAAAUGAGCCAACACAUGAGGAUGGCGAGGCUGCGGUGGACGUGGACGGGAACCUGGCGGUGAACCACGAACUGGACGAGGAAGACGAGCCGGAGAAUAUAGACAGACGGCUCGCAGCGGCGGAAUGGUCGCUUGAGCGGGAGAGCGAGCUCGCGCGGCUGGAACACGAGAAUGAAGAGCUUCGCGCCCUUCUCAAUGGAACGCUCAGCGCAACUCGGAGCGCCCAUGUUCAUGCGCCCAUGCCCCGCCCGCCCACGACUGCAUCUGCACCCGCCAACAGCGACGGUUCAUCAUUCGGGCAAUCCAUGGGCGGUGAGGAGGGCUACAUGAGCGGGCUGGUGGAGUUGCAUCGGCCCCGCUCUGGCGGCGCGGACGCUGGUACUGUUUCGGCGCAUUCGUGGAUCCGGCCACGCCAGAUGCCGCGAGGGAGCGGUGGACGAGGGCAAAUGGGUCCGUUCGGAACAUUCAGGUCUCCACCGCAGAGUUAA